GGCUUCUUUUUGAGUCUGCAGCAGAGAAGUUUGGCGCUCAAUUCUGCGGACGUCUGGCGGGAAAGCAGCAAUUUUUCAACCAUUUUUAUUUAAAGAAGCUUUUUCGUUUGCGAACUAGUGGGACUCUGCAGGCAUGUCUAACUAGUUGUGGCUGAGAAAUUAUGGGAUGCAUCGUCAUGGCAACAGACCAGACGUCACAAUCUGGGCAUAGCUGCGGAUUUAGCGGCGGCUGACGAGAAGAGGAAGAGGAGGAGGAGGAGGAGGAGAGCGGCGUGCCGAGGGUUAACUUUCACUAUUGUCAGCAGCCUAAAAGGGGGCUUUUUGGAGGAGGAGGAGGGGGCGAUGAGAUCAAGAUGCCCGGGUCGCUGAGCAAUGAAGACGAGGCGCAGGACGACAUGGAUUUUGACGACGAGAUGCCAGACGAGGAGGACGUGCGCACGGCGCUGCCCCUGGCGUCCAUCGGCAGUUUCUUCUCGGAUGACGACGACUCCCUCAAGCAGCAGCAGCAGAAGAAGAAGAGCAAGAAGAUGAAGGAGGGAAAAGCCGCCAAAGUCAAGAAGCGGAAAAAGGAGGGAGGUAUCCAGGUGAGCGUGGAUAGCGAGCAGGACCAUGCGUCCGAGGCGGAGGUGGAGGAUGCGAACCGUCCCGAGCGAGGCUCCGGGAGCGAGAGCAGCAUGUUCAGUCCCACCAAGAAGAAGAAGAAGAAGCCCAGGGAGAAGAAAGAGAGGAAGCCCAGGAAGAAGAAGCGGGACGAGGAGGAUGACGAUGACGACGACGACGACGGGACUAUGAAAGAGCCCAAAUCGUCCAGCCAGCUGAUGCACGAGUGGGGCCUGGAAGACGUCCAGUACGGCUUCACCGAGGACGACUACAAGACCAUCACCAACUACAAAGCUUUCAGCCAGUUCCUCAGGCCUCUCAUUGCCAAGAAGAACCCCAAGAUCCCCAUGUCCAAGAUGAUGACGGUCCUGGGGGCCAAGUGGCGAGAGUUCAGUGCCAACAACCCGUUCAAGGGCGCGUCCGCCACCGCCGUGGCCGCCGCCGUGGCCGCCGCCGUGGAAACGGUCACCGUGGCGCCUCCCGCCUCUGUCGGCCAGCUGAGCGCCCAGCUCGGGCCCAUCAAAAAAGCCAAAACCAAAGAGGGAAAAGGGCCGGGGGCUCGAAAGAGAAGCAAGAGUGCGAAAGACGUGAAGAAGAAAGUGAAGCCGAAGAAGACCAAAUCCAAGUCGGGCCAAAGCGGGAAGAAGAAGAAGGUGUCCUCGAGCGACGAAGACUUCCUGGAUGAGUCGGACUUUGACGACAUCAGCAUCCUCAGUGCCUCGGUGCUUUGUGACGCCUCAGGGGCCGCCGCCGCCGCCAAGAAAAAGGCCAGGCGCGGGCGCAAAAAGAGGAAAAAGGAGGACGGCGACGGCUACGAGACGGACCACCAGGACUACUGCGAGGUGUGUCAGCAGGGCGGCGAGAUCAUCCUGUGCGACACCUGUCCACGGGCGUACCACCUGGUGUGCCUGGAGCCCGAGCUGGAGAAGGCCCCCGAGGGCAAAUGGAGCUGUCCACACUGUGAGAAGGAGGGCAUCCAGUGGGAAGCCAAAGACGAGGAGGACGAGGAGGAGGAAGAGGAGGCGGCGGGAGAGGAAGAGGACGACCAUAUGGAGUUUUGCCGCGUGUGUAAGGACGGCGGGGAGCUGCUGUGUUGCGACGCCUGCCCGUCCUCCUACCACAUCCACUGCCUCAACCCGCCGCUGCCCGAAAUACCCAACGGGGAGUGGCUGUGUCCGCGCUGCAUGUGCCCACCCCUGAAAGGCAAAGUGCAAAAGAUCAUGCACUGGACGUGGGGCGAUGCCCCGCUGCCCGCCGAGCCGCCCGCGGGCCCGGACGGCCUGCCCGCCGCGGACCCCCUGAGCAAGCCGCCCCUCAAGGGCCACCCCGAGAGGGAGUUCCUGGUCAAGUGGGCCGGGCUGUCGUACUGGCACUGCUCCUGGGUCAGCGAGCUGCAGUUGGAACUGUACCACACGGUGAUGUACCGCAACUACCAGCGCAAGAACGACAUGGACGAGCCGCCGCCGUACGAUUACGGCUCGGGCGAGGAGGAGCUGAACAGCGACAAGCGCAAGAGCAAAGACCCGCAGUACGCCGCCAUGGAGGAGCGCUUCUACAGAUACGGCAUCAAGCCCGAGUGGAUGAUCAUCCACCGCGUGCUCAACCACAGCUUCGACAAAGACGGGGACGUGCACUACCUGAUCAAGUGGAGGGACCUCCCUUACGACCAGUGCACGUGGGAGGUGGACCACUUUGACCUGCCCGAAUACGACAGCCAUAAAGCGUCCUACUGGGACCACAGGGAGCAAAUCUUAGGUGAGGACCAGCGGCCCGUUGUGGUGUCCAAGCUAAAAGAGGACCCCCCAAAGAGGGAGAUCCCCCCAGACGCGCCCAUCAUCGACCCCACCAUCAAGUUCGAGCACCAGCCGUGGUACAUCAACGCCACCGGAGGGACGCUGCACCCGUACCAGCUGGAGGGUCUCAACUGGCUGCGCUUCUCCUGGGCGCAGGGCACCGACACCAUCCUGGCCGACGAGAUGGGCCUGGGCAAGACGGUGCAGACCAUCGUCUUCCUCUACUCGCUUUACAAAGAGGGUCACUCCAAGGGUCCCUUCCUGGUGAGCGCGCCGCUGUCCACCAUCAUCAACUGGGAGCGCGAGUUCGAGAUGUGGGCCCCCGACUUCUACGUGCUGACGUACACCGGGGACAAGGACAGUCGCGCCAUCAUCCGCGAGAACGAGUUCACCUUCGAGGACAGCGCCGUCAAGCUGGGACGCAAAGCCUUCCGAAUGAAGAAAGACACGCCCAUCAAGUUCCACGUGCUGCUGACGUCCUACGAGCUGAUCACCAUCGAUCAGGCCAUCUUGGGAUCCAUCACCUGGGCUUGCCUGGUGGUGGACGAGGCCCACAGGCUGAAGAACAACCAGUCCAAGUUUUUCAGAAUCCUCAAUGGGUACAAGAUCUACUACAAGCUGCUGCUCACUGGGACUCCUCUUCAGAACAACCUGGAGGAGCUUUUCCACUUGCUCAACUUCCUCACGCCCGAGCGCUUCAAUAACCUGGAGGGCUUCCUGGAGGAGUUUGCCGACAUCUCCAAGGAGGACCAGAUCAAGAAGCUCCACGACCUGCUGGGCCCGCACAUGCUCAGGAGGCUCAAGGCGGACGUCUUCAAGAACAUGCCCGCCAAGACGGAGCUGAUCGUGCGAGUGGAGCUCAGCCCCAUGCAGAAGAAGUACUACAAGUUCAUCUUGACGCGGAACUUCGAGGCUCUCAACUCCAAAGGGGGCGGCAACCAAGUGUCACUGCUCAACAUCAUGAUGGACCUGAAGAAGUGCUGCAACCACCCCUACCUCUUCCCCGUGGCCGCUGUGGAGGCUCCCGUUUUGCCCAACGGCUCGUACGACGGCAGCCAGCUGGUGAAGUCGUCGGGAAAGCUGACGCUGCUGCAGAAGAUGCUGAAGAAGCUCAAGGACGAAGGCCACAGAGUUCUCAUUUUCUCACAGAUGACCAAGAUGUUGGAUCUGCUGGAGGACUUUCUAGAGUUCGAGGGUUAUAAAUACGAGCGCAUCGACGGCGGCAUCACCGGAGGCCUGAGGCAGGAGGCCAUCGACCGCUUCAACGCACCGGGCGCUCAGCAGUUCUGCUUCCUGCUCUCAACCCGAGCCGGAGGUCUGGGAAUCAAUCUGGCCAGCGCAGACACCGUCAUCAUCUACGACUCAGACUGGAACCCUCACAAUGACAUCCAAGCUUUUAGCAGAGCGCACCGCAUCGGGCAGAACAGGAAGGUGAUGAUCUACCGCUUUGUGACGCGGGGCUCGGUGGAGGAGAGGAUCACUCAGGUGGCCAAGAGGAAGAUGAUGCUGACCCACCUGGUGGUGCGGCCCGGCUUGGGCUCCAAGACGGGCUCCAUGUCCAAGCAGGAGCUGGACGACAUCCUCAAGUUUGGGACCGAGGAGCUGUUCAAGGACGAGAUGGAGGCGGCUCGCAACAUGGGGGGUGACAACAAAGACGGCGAGGAGGGCAACGUGAUCCACUACGACGACGACGCCAUCUCCAAGCUGCUGGACCGCAGCCAGGACGCCACCGAAGACACGGAGAUCCAGAACAUGAACGAGUACCUCAGCUCCUUCAAGGUGGCCCAGUACGUGGUCAAAGAGGAGGACGGUGAGGAGGAGGUGGAGCGCGAGAUCAUCAAGCAGGAGGAGAACGUGGACCCGGACUACUGGGAGAAGCUCCUGCGCCACCACUACGAGCAGCAGCAGGAGGAUCUGGCCCGCAACCUGGGCAAGGGCAAGCGCAUCCGCAAACAAGUCAACUACAACGACACCACCCAGGAGGACCAAGAGUGGCAGGAUGAUGUUUCAGACAACCAGUCGGAGUACUCGGCGGGGUCCGAGGACGAGGACGAAGAUUUCGAGGAGAGGCCGGAAGGGGGGCGCCGACACUCUCGCCGCCAUCUGAGGAAUGACAAAGACAAGCCCUUGCCCCCCCUGCUGGCCCGAGUCGGUGGCAGCAUUGAGGUGCUGGGCUUCAACGCCCGGCAGAGGAAAGCCUUCCUGAACGCCAUCAUGCGCUGGGGCAUGCCCCCCCAGGACGCCUUCACCUCCCACUGGAUCGUGCGAGACCUCAGGGGCAAGAGCGAGCGCGAGUUCAGGGCCUACGUGUCUCUGUUCAUGAGACACCUGUGCGAGCCGGGCGCCGACGGGGCCGAGACGUUCGCGGACGGCGUCCCGCGCGAGGGGCUGUCACGACAGCACGUGCUCACCAGGAUUGGAGUCAUGUCGCUGGUCAGGAAAAAGGUUCAAGAGUUCGAGCACGUGAACGGAAAGCUGAGCUCCCCGGACUUGUUCCCCAUCGGCAUGGAGCUGAAGAAGCUGACCGAGAGCGUCUCCUCCGACCCCAACACGCCGCUGCAGGCCAGCCCGCUCGCCACGCAGCCCGGGACCCCAGACCCGCCUGAGAAGAGCGAGGGUCCCGCUGAGGACAAGGACGCAGCCGAGCAAGACAGCAAGAAACAGUCCGAGCAGGAAACAUCCUCAGAGCCAACGGAUGCCCGUGAAGAAGAGCAAGAGGCGCACCAAGGCGAGGAGAAGGAAGCAGGUGACGGCGACGAGAGCAAGACGGCCUCCGAGGAGAAAACGGGAGGAGACGACAAGGGGGACAAACAGGCAGAGAAGGCAAGCAGUCAGGAUGCGCCUCAAAAUGAGAGUCAGCCCAAAGAGCCUGAGAAGCCCCCCGAGAGAGGAGACGGCGAGGAGAGGGAGAGCAAAGCAGAUGAAGUGAAGAGCGAGGACGCCGCCGCAGACGCUCGACUGAAUGGCGACAAAGACACGCCGGACGAACUGGACGACGCCAGGAAGGAGGACAAGAACGGAUUCAAAACCAAGUUCAUGUUCAAUAUUGCUGAUGGAGGCUUCACAGAGUUGCACACGCUGUGGCAGACGGAAGAGCGAGCGGCGCUGUCGUCCGGCAAGAUGGCCGACAUCUGGCACCGUCGCCAUGACUACUGGCUGCUGGCGGGCAUCGUCACUCACGGCUACGCGCGCUGGCAGGACAUCCAGAACGACCCGCGCUACGCCAUCCUCAACGAGCCCUUCAAGACCGAGGUGCACAAGGGCAACUACCUGGAGAUGAAGAACAAGUUCCUGGCCAGACGCUUCAAGUUGCUGGAGCAGGCGCUGGUGAUCGAGGAGCAGCUUCGGCGCGCGGCCUACCUCAACAUGAGCCAGGACACCGGACACCCCGCCAUGGCUCUCAACACCCGCUUCACCGAGGUGGAGUGUCUGGCCGAGUCCCACCAGCACCUGUCCAAAGAGUCCCUGGGGGGCAACAAGCCGGCCAACGCCGUGCUGCACAAAGUGCUGAACCAGCUGGAGGAGCUCCUCAGCGACAUGAAGGCCGACGUGACGCGGCUCCCCAACAUGUUGUCGCGCAUCCCGCCCGUGUCGGCCCGCCUGCAGAUGUCCGAGCGCAGCAUCCUGAGCCGCCUCACCAGCCGAGGAGGCGAACCGCCGCCGCAGCAGACUUUCAGCCAGGGCGGGUUCGCCUGCUCCCAGCUGUACGGAGGCACAUUUGGUGGUGCGUUCAGGAGCCCUGGGGGGCAGCCCAUGGUCAAUUACAGUCAGAUGCCUCUGGGGCCAUACGUCAGUGUGUCUAACGGUCCUCCGAGCAGCCACCUGGACAAGAAGACCUUUGAGUCCCUACGAGACGCCGCCACACCCGACCUGAAAUCCGGCAAAGCCAGUGACGUCAUCUGCAUCGAGGACUGAGACGCGCUCUCUGCUGGGGCCGCGUCCUCCCUUUUUGUUUUUCAUUUGCAGACAUAUUGAAUCUCAAGAAUUGCACUUUGACCUUUGCAGAGGUUUUUUUAACUUGAUAUUUUGACUGGAAAACCUCCGACGAAAUGUCAGGGCUGAGGUAAAAUGUGACUUUUUCAGUGGACGCUUGAGCGCAGUUUUCCUUUAUGUGUUGUUGUCAUUCAAGUAGUGUUGAUUUUGGAGAGCCUAUUCAUGUAUGCAGUAAAUGCCUGGAAGUGCGCCAGCCGCUGGUCGCGACGGUCUUUACCUCACGCCAGUGAACACGCGGAUGGCGUCAUUGAUGACACCUGCAGGACUUUUGAUGCAUUGCAGAGUGUUUUGUGUGUACGAUACUUGUAAUUGUUUCUGUUUUGAAUGUUAGUGGAUCCGAGGUUGAUCCCUUUGUGUGUCCUCAUUAGAACUGAUGGAUUUGCCUUCAUUUGGGUCUCUUGAGGGACUGUUAUUAUGAGAAACUAAUUAUUUUUGUUGAUAUUUUUUUAUUAUUUCCCCCCACACACAUACAAAAGGAUUGUUUUGUUUUUGUUUAGAUUAUUUUAAGACCACAAUGGGACCAUCAAAGCUAUGUUUUGGCCUAAGUCCCCCAUGAAUGUUUUUUGUUUGUGGUUUCAUUCCAAGUCAAGAAUGCUGUCUGUUUUGAAGGCUUGAAACCCUAAUUUGAAAGUCCAACCGAGGUGGUUUUAAGACAGAGGUGGGACCAUCAAAGCUCACUUUUGGCCGCAGUUCUCCGGGACCAUUAGAUGGUUUUGUGUCAACUCCAGACUGCGAUCUGUGUUUAGGCUUGAAACCCAGGCGACUGGUUUACUUUCUCAAAACCCUAAUUUUAACCCUUGUAAGGAACCCUAACCCAGGCACUUUUUAGACGUUGAAGGUACCAUCAAAGCGCAAUUUUGGCUUCAGUCAUAUCCAAUUGUUUGUGUAUUUGUGUCAAAUCAAGAAUCCUGACUAUUAUGAAAGCUUGAAACCUCAACUUGAAAUCCUAGUCGUAGUAAAAAACAAAACAAAACAUAUUUUUUUAAUUUACUGUGAAAUCAAGAAGGAUAUCUAGUAUAAAGACUUGAAACCCUAAUUUGAAACCCCAACCUUUGUUUGAAACCUAACCCAAGAGGUUUUAUGACAGCAUUGGGACCACCAAAAUGAGACCCUAACCUUUGUUUGAAACCCAGGUCCUUGUUGUCAUUUUGUGUCAAAUCAAGAAUGCCAUCUGUUUGAAAGAGUAUGGACCCAUGAUUUAAAAAAAAAUAAUAUUGAUUACCUCAAUGUGUAAGAAGUGGUACGUAAGAAUCCUUGUUGAAUUGAAAUGAUGUCCAACGCGAGAUGAUUGCAGUCAAAGGUCAAGUCAGACGGCCUUCUGGCAUUAUUGUCCUCAUAUGGAAGCGCAAGAACCGCAUUGACCCCCCCCCCCCCUCCCCACCCCCCAAGCAUACUAUCUAUUUCAUGUGAAAGCUGUACUCGAAAAGGAUCUUUGUUUUUUUGCACUAUUUGUUGUUUUUGUUCCUGUCGCAAACGACUCGCGUUGUAGACGAAACCUCAGCAACAUGUAAAUAAAACGUCAAAAUUCAAAUAAAAAAACGAAUGUCCAAGCCGUGACCCCGAGGGGUCAUCAGCGAAAACAUAUUCUGAUAAAAUGCAAUCAAACUGAAGAAUGUACUGUCUACAAAAAUGAAAAAAAAUUCAAAUAAAAAAAAUUAAAGACUUCAGUCUAAUGUUAUAAAUAUUGCAUAUGUACAUGCUUCUAAUGAACAUUGCUUCAAAAGCUACAAAAAAUAAAUAAAAAUAAAUAAAAUAAGACCUUAAUGAGGCGCCUUUUGUUGCAACGAAUGCACAGCUUCCGAAGCUUUUUCUAUGGCAGUUCACUUUGGGACUCGUGGGGCGUUCAAAGACGCACACGUUCUUCUGAUUUGGGCUGUAAAGCGACUGGACGACAAAGUGAGCGGUCAUCUUUUGAUUUGUACUGUGUAUUUGUUUCAUUGUGUUUUAAUAAAUCUUCCGAUGACAAUAA